ACGAUGGGCAAACCCGAUGCCAUGCAGGGGUCAGCGAGUCACCGACCCCGCCAAAGGACCUCGACCUCCUGCACGGAAUGUCGGCGGAGAAAACAAAAGUGCAACCAGGCCAGAGAUCGGCCCUGCAACAAUUGCGCCAGACGCUAUCCUCCUGUCGUGUGCACCUAUGAGAACGUGAGCUCCAGCGUGUCCAGAGGAUCGCCAGUGGAGCGAAAUGAGGAUCUUGCGGGUCCUGGCACGCCGCUCAGGACUCGGCCGGAUGAGCAGAGACCGGCGGCAGAUGGCCGACAAGGAGGGCCAACCCCUGAGCAAUAUCCAACAUAUCCAACAUCACCGCACUCUUACUAUGGCCCCGUCCAGACGAUCAAUUACUAUGCUCAGCCAGACUCGCAAGACGCGCCGUCAAGCUUAUACGCGUCGGCUUCCAGUGCUGCAUAUUACGGGACCACCGAAUCUUCUUCUUUUGCCGCACGUGGGCCGAGUUACGAUGCGAGCUAUUACGCGCCCACGUACGGCGAUUACACAGCGCAGGGAGGCUGGUUGCCUGACGAGCCCGGUACAACUUACACCAUGCAGAAUGACUUCUCCCUAGGCGGCUCACGACGAACAGCAGACCCCUUUCAAUUCUGCGAUCCUGAGCUUGAACCUGAGUACGAGCGUCCUCAGUAGAUUGAUGUCUGCGUGCCACCGAGACCCAUCCAGCCCGCCAGUCGCACCGUACCCCGUAAAAAGCCGGUUAUGUCGAUCAUCUCCCCGCGUGGUAUGAGAAUCGGACGCCACAGACCGUUGGAAGCCAGCUGGAUCCCAGUCCCAGGCGAUUCGUACCUCCGCACAGUCCCACACAGGUGCCAGUGGUUCCUUUUGACGUUGCGAUGCAUCAGACGACUGCAAUUUGGAGGCGGAUUUUCUCGGUUAUCAAUGGCCCUAGAUGAGGGGAUGAUGAUACUGUUCCUGUUGUUUUACCUUGCAAUAAAGAAGGUGAUUAUGAGUAGUUGUUCAGAAGGAUCCAGACGGCGGUUCCAAAUUGCGGGGUUGAAGAGCUCACCGGGUUUCGCUGACCACAUGGGCUGGGCACUUCCUUCCCGCCAUUUGCAUGAACGAAUUCAAGUGCUUCACUCAUGAUAUCUUAGAA